GCAUGUUGGUUGCUCUCAAAGUAAAAGCUGGGUUUUGCCUUGUUUUAGAAACUUCAAAUUUGAAGAUGAAUUUGUAAAUAUUCCUCAGAGUAUCGCACAGAUAAGUAGGGAAGCUGGUGUGGAAACGUUCAUUCACAUCUCUCACCUGAAUGCCAACAUGAAGAGUCCUUCCAAGUACCUCAGGAGCAAAGCUGUUGGAGAGAAGGUUGUGAGGGAGGAAUUUCCAAAUGCCAUCAUUUUGAAGCCCUCGGAGAUGUUUGGGAGAGAAGACCGAUUUCUCAACCAUUAUGCAAACAUGCGCUGGUUUGGUGGUGUGCCUCUCAUUGCCCUGGGCAAAAAAACGGUGAAACAACCAGUCUAUGUGGUUGAUGUCGCAAAGGCAAUUAUUAAUGCAAUUAAGAAUCCUGAUGCAAAAGGAAAAACGUAUGCCUUGGCCGGGCCUCACCGGUACCUGCUGUACGACAUGGUCGAGUACAUCUACACCAUCUCCUACCGGGCCUUCAUUCCCUACCCACUCCCACGGCCUCUCUACCACUUUGUUGCAAGGUUCUUUGAAAUGAAUCCAUUUGAACCAUGGACAACACGGGACAAAGUGGACAGGUUUCACACAACAGACAUGAAGCACCCCGAACUUCCUGGCUUUGAAGACCUGGGUAUUCAGCCAACACCUCUGGAGCAAAAAGCCAUCGAAGUCCUGCGCCGUCACCGCGGGUUCCGCUGGUUGGAUGCCGAGCUGGAGGAGGCAAAGCCAAAGACAUAUCCCAUGUGACACCUGGCAGGGAGGAUGCUUCACACUUCCUAAACUGCCUUUGUAUGGCCCAAUUUAUUUGGAGAACUGUGUACAUACUGAGUAAAACACAUUAAUCAUGUAGAC